UCCACGCCCACCGCGUCGGUGGACACGCCCUUCUCCAGGGCCCCGCCCUGCCCGGAUGCAACUCCAGGUCUCUAGGAGGUGGUGGUCUCCAAGCAGACAGGGUAGCCUGGCAGCUUAGCAAACUGCAGCAACUCAAAGCAGACCAGAGACAAAAGCCAGUGGGGGUGGGGAGGGCUGGAAGCGUCGUCCUAGCCCCUCCUCCACCUACCGUGGAGAUUAGUGGGCACUUGCAAACGGGCUGGGACAUCUAGUUCCAAACUGUCAAGUGACGACUAAGGUAUUACAGGCUGGGCUUUUAAUUGCAGUUUUACUGACCUGGCAACAUUUCCAGAGGAAGGUUAAGUUCUCCAAGUCAUCAAUAUCCUGUCACUGUAAAUUUCCUCAGAUUGGAGAUUAUUUCUGCUUCUCAGAAAUUAUCUGCUUGAAGCCAUGCAUUAUUUAUAACAAUCUCUGGCAAAACCUCAGAAAAAGAUAUGCUCAUCUCAGGCGGAUGUCAGAGGCUGUGGCAAAACCCAGUGAAAAAGCUCCCUAGGUUGCAGUGAGUCCCACAGAGGAUCAGCUUUGUGGAACUUUCUUCUCCAGAGGAGUAUGACACAGUUAAAAAGGAAAAAAGAGCCACAAGCAAAACCCAGUCACCAGUGAAAUUGGAGAGGGGCUCUUCCAAGAACACAGGGUUGCAGUUGUAUGCAGGCAGUGAAACUCUUCCAACGUAGGUGGAGGAAAAGGGAGAGGAGAUGGCUCACGGAAUGGAGCUGGAGUCCCUUAAGGAGUUAGAACGCGAGAUCAUUCUCCAGGUCCUGUACCGCGACCGGGCUGUCCAGAGCAUAGAGGAGGAAAGGAUAAGGAAACUGAAAACGCACCUGCAGCAUCUCCGGUGGAGAGGGGCGAAGAGCUCGAGCCGGGAUUACAAGCAGUGCUGCGCGCGCUGCCAGCGGGAGCUGGGGCUGCUGCUGAACCGCGGGGCCGUGUGCCGGGGCUGCAGCCACCGCGUGUGCUCCGAGUGCCGCGUGUUCCUGAGGACCACCCGCGCCUGGAAGUGCACUGUGUGCUUCGAGGACAGAAAUGUGAAAAUAAAAACUGGAGACUGGUUCUUUGAGGAACGAGCCAAGAAAUUUCCAACUGAAGGCAAACGGGACACAGCCGGGGCAAAGCUCCUGAAGUCUUAUCAGAGGCUGAGCAAAAUUUCUGUGGUUCCUCCAACUCCACCACCUCUCAGUGAAAACCAGUGCAGUGGCAGCCCUGGCAGGUUACAGGAACUUGGUCAGUUUAAAGGAUUUAAUAAGUCCGUGGAAAAUUUGUUUCUGUCUGUUAGCACCCACAUGAAAAAGUUCUCCAAGUCCCAGAAUGACAUGACUUCUGAGAAGCAUCUUCUAGCCAUGGGCUCCAGGCAGUGUGUGGGCCAGACCGAGAGACGGAGCCAGUCUGAUACUGCUGUCAACGUCACCUCCAGGAAGAUCAGCACACCAGAUAUUCUGAAACCUCUCCAUCAAGAGGAUCCCAGAUGUUCUACCAGCCCUGUUGUGAAGUCAAAGACUCUCCCAUCCAGCCCAACACCCAACACUUUAUUUUCUGGGGGCUUGAGACAUGGAAGUUUAAUGAGCAUUAACAGCACCUGCACGGAGAUGGGUAAUUUUGACAACGCUAAAGUCACUGGAGAAAUAGAAUUUGCUAUUGGUUACUGCUUUAAAACGCAUUCUUUAGAAAUAAGCAUCAAGACCUGCAAGAACUUGGCUUAUGGAGAAGAAAAGAAGAAAAAGUGCAAUCCGUAUGUGAAGACCUACCUACUGCCUGACAGAUCCUCCCAGGGAAAACGCAAGACAGGAGUCCAAAAGAAUACGAUGGACCCAACAUUUGAGGAGACCUUGAAGUAUCAGGUGGACCCUAUCCAGCUGGUGACCCGGCAGCUGCAGGUCUCUGUAUGGCACCUGGGCACACUGACUCGAAGGGUGUUCCUUGGAGAAGUCAUUGUUCCUCUGGCCACAUGGGAUUUUGAGGACAAUGCGACACGGUCUUUCCGUUGGUAUCCACUUCGGGCCAAGGCUGAGAAAUAUGAAGACGGUGUUCCUCAGAAUAAUGGAGAACUUGCUGUUCGUGCCAAACUGAUCCUCCCUGCAGAACCCAGAAAGCUCCAGGAGUUGCAAGAGGGGACAGGAGAUCAGCUGGCACUUGAUGGUCAACUCUGUUUGGUAGUGCUGGGAGCCAAGAAUUUACCUGUGCGGUCAGAUGGUACCUUAAACUCAUUUGUUAAGGGCUGUCUGACUCUGCCAAACCAACAGAGACUGCGGCUGAAGUCCCCAGUACUGAAGAAGCAAGCUUGCCCCCAGUGGAAACACUCCUUUGUGUUCAGUGGUGUAACCAAGUCUCAGCUAAGGCAGUCAAGCUUGGAGUUGACUGUCUGGGACCAGGCCAUCUUUGGUAUGAAUGACCGCCUGCUAGGGGGAGCCAGACUCAGCUCAAAGGAAGGUGCAGUUGGUGACAUGGACUCAUGCUCACAGUCGAAGCUUCAAUGGCAGAAAGUACUUUCCAGCCCCAACUUAUGGACAGACAUGACACUCAUCCUGCACUGAAGUGAAGCGUCAGGCUGCAGUGGAUGCCGAGGUGCUGUGUGCCUGCAAAGGGCUGUGGGGUCUGGGACCAUGUGCCUAGAGCACUGCUCCACAUCUAUGUGUAUUUAUGUAACAUGUUAAUUACAUGAGUAAGUCUCAGGUGGGUUACUGUCUGUUCUUUUAAGAGUCAUGGAAAAUGGCCAGAUUUCAGUAAGUGUUCAGCAAUCACCCAGGUUUCCCAGUGCUUAUCACUAGUGAAAACCAUAGUUUUGUCAUGCGCAUUUCAGAGAAAAAUGAGCCUUGU